UCAGCUGACGAGAAGCCCCGCUUGCGCCCCAGGCUGUCUGCACCCGAGUUCGCAGCAGCAGCAGCAGGAGGAGGAGGAGAGAAGGCAAACAGCCCACAAUGAAAUUAGCUAAACGUCCUGGGCACGUCUGCGGCUGGUGAAUGGCGUCCCGAAGGAUGGAGCAGUCCGAGGAACAGGAGGCGCUGCUGGGGGCCGGGCGCGGGGGCGUGAACUCGCCGCCUCUGUCCGAGGCGGACAGCACCCGGGAGGGCUACCUCGAUCAGGUCCAGAAUGGGAACCUGUUCCUGGCCACCUUCGCCGCCGUGCUCGGGCCCCUCAGUUUCGGCUUCGUGCUGGGCUACAGCUCCCCCGCCAUCCCCAGCCUCAAGAGGGCCGGGGACCCCCGCCUGCAGCUGGACGACGAGGAGGCGUCCUGGUUCGGGUCCGUGGUCACUCUAGGGGCGGCGGCGGGGGGGGUGCUGGGCGGCUGGGUGGUGGAGAGGAUCGGGAGGAAGCUGAGCCUCAUGGUCUGCGCCGUCCCCUUCAUCCUCGGCUUCAACAUCAUCAUCUCCGCGCAGAACAUCUGGAUGCUGUACCUCGGACGGGUCCUGACCGGACUGGCCAGCGGGGUGACGUCCUUAGCAGUGCCUUUGUACAUCGCGGAGACGGCUCACGCCCGGGUGCGGGGCAUGCUGGGAUCCUGCGUUCAGCUCAUGGUGGUGACGGGCAUCAUGGGAGCGUACAUCGCAGGUCUGGUGCUGGAGUGGCGCUGGCUGGCGGUGGCGUGCUCGGUGCCGCCGGCGCUGAUGCUGGUGCUCAUGUGCUUCAUGCCCGAGACGCCGCGCUUCCUGCUGGCCCAGGGGAGGGAGUACGAGGCGCUGGCGGCCCUGCGCUUCCUGAGGGGGCCGGCCGUGCCGCACGAGUGGGAGUGCGUGCAGAUCGAGGCCGCGGCGCGGGAGCAGGGCGACAGCCUCAAGCUGGGAGACCUGAGGAGCCCUGCCAUCUACAAGCCCCUGCUCAUCGGGGUCCUGCUGAUGCUGUUCCAGCAGCUCACGGGGAUCAACGCCAUCAUGUUCUACGCCGAGACCAUUUUCGAAGAAGCAAACUUCCAGGCCAGCAGCGUCGCCACGGUGAUCGUGGCUGCCAUCCAGGUGGUCUUCACGGCCCUGGCGGCGCUCAUCAUGGACCGGGCCGGGAGGAAAGUCCUGCUCGUCCUCUCGGGGUUGGCCAUGGCGGUCAGCACGGCCGUGUUUGGGGCGUACUUCAAGAUCACCAGCGCCGCGCCCACCAACGGCUCCUCUCUGAGCGGGGUCCCCCUCCUGGCCGCCCAGAGCUCCGCGCUGCCCCCCUCUGAGGGCAGCCUGGCCUGGCUGGCCCUGGCCAGCAUGGGGCUCUUCAUCGCAGGUUUCGCCCUGGGCUGGGGCCCCAUCCCCUGGCUGGUGAUGUCGGAGAUCUUCCCGGCGAAAGCCCGGGGGCUGGCCAGCGGGGCCUGCGUGCUGACCAACUGGACCUCGGCCUUCCUGGUGACCAAGGAGUUCCACAACCUCAUGGAUCUGCUGACCAGCGCGGGGACAUUCUGGCUCUUCUCCGGGAUGUGCGUCCUCAACGUCCUCUUCACCGUCGCCCUCGUUCCCGAGACCAAGGGCAAGUCCCUGGAGCAGAUCGAAGCUCAGUUCCGGGGAGCUCACUGACACCGGCACGCUAACGCCCAUCUCCUGUCCCGGGAGCAGCAAUGAUAGAAACAACAUUCAGGACUGCUUUCGCAACUCGCCCUCAAUAGCAUCCUGUUCCUUUUUCUAGAAUAGCAAACUGAGGGAAUAACUAACCAGGUACUGUACCAGUUCUAGAAGUGCAGUUAACAUUAAUUUCUUUACUGACGCACAGAUUCUGAGGUACUGAGGGCGCAGAGGGGUGAGGAUACGGACUGCUACCCCUCUCUACUCUGGUGAAAUCGCUCUCCUCAGUGUAAAGUCCGUGUCCCGCAAGGGGACGAGACUGGAAUAUGAACCGGCAGUGUGAAGCGAUAACAGUUCUGGUAACAUCUGUAUUCUCGAUUGAUUCCCGGCCCUGCAGAGCAGUGGGAUAAAUGCUUCCAGAAUAAUAUCGAGCCGAGCAUGCAGACACACUACCGGCCCCCCAAAACCGCCAUCUCCUAAGCGGGAUAAAUGGUUUAUUCGUCGGGGCAGUGAUUGUUCCAUCUGACUUUACUGAUCUGUCCAUUUCUCUGAGCUGAGGGCUCACGGGGACGGAGGAGUGCACUCGUGUUCAGGCGACGCCACACAGGUGAUGAGAUGCUGAUAGAGCCUGGAUCUCACUAGACAGGGAGGCCGCUGUGGGUGGGGGGUGGGGGGGAUUAAAAUGACCAAAAAACACUGACAAAGUGGCUCUACAUGCUCAGUUCGGUUUCUGGGGAGACAACGGGGGAGGUGGGCACUUCCAGUGGCCUGGCUGAGCAAUCGGGCACCCAUUCUCGCAGGACUGAUGUGUUUACCUGCUGUACAGCUGACAGCCCCCGUAGGUCUAAAAUACGACCUGUGCCAGGAGGCGCUUUACACAAAGGGUGGUGGGAACAUGGAACAGCACAACCAGGAGCCAGUGAAGGGGCUCCUUUCUGAGACCCCCGGCUCAAUUAGCUACCAACGACCAAAUGGGAUCGACUGCCCAGUUGGCCUCCUCUCCUUUGUAACCUUUCUUCUUUUCCUGAGGCUUCAUGUUUCAAUUGAGACGAAUUGUUGCAGCGGGGACUCGAUCCGAACACUAAGGUACUUGGAACGGCAGCCCUGCGGAAGGAAAGCUGAAGGCGAGCUGAAAUACAGCUAGAGGGGAGUAGACGAGCUGGUCGUCAGGGCAGAUUUGCAGUUGAAGAGGUGAAUCACCAUAAGUGAUGGGCAGUUCCCGGACGCCGGCCUUCUCCUUGUUCAUGCAAAUUUGAAGGUCUUUCUUGUUUAAAAUAAGGGGAAAGGGUUCUCCUUUCAUCACACGCACACGUGCUGCUCCUACCCGCUCGCCCGUGGACCCAAGCUGCUGUUGAGGCCGGUGUCGUUUUUCCUGCUUGUGAAAAGGUGUUGGAAUUCAAUCUCAAGUGAGCUGGAGGGGUGGGGCAAGUCGCUGACCAUUUCCACCAAGUGAAAAAGGACGCAUUUUCUAAAAAGACCUACCAGUGCGUGCACAGAGCUGGCGAAGAACUUUGUUGUAAACUGAUCGCUACUGUACCAUUCAGACGGCAGCUGUCUGUGCAUUGAAAACGCUGACCUACUGUAUGUCCGCCACUGCCCGGGCUGGGCUGUUUCGUGUCCGGUGGCGUCCGUGUUUCUAAUUCUGUAGCCGUGUAGAGGGACUGGAAUCUACACUGAUGAGUCCCGGGCACUGGUGGAGCUGGAGAGAGAAAACUCGUAAUUAAAACGUGUUUGAAGUAAUCACGA